AUGCCUGAUCUUCUAUGUGGAUCAAAUGCAUUCUCGACAUCUCUGGCAGCCAGGCACUGUCAUCGACUACAGGUUCUGCAAAACCGUGGUGCCCGUGUAGUGUUCGGACGCCCGCCAUGGACAUCCGCACAUGACCUACUGGAGCGCCUCUCACUGUAUCGGGUUGCUGAAGUACACAAGCAGAAGCUGGCAUUCCUUGCAUGGCGCUGCCGUUACGGCCAAGCAAGUCCUGAGCUUCAGGUUCUCUUGCUGCCAGCUUGUGGCCGGUCCACGCGCCUGGACUCUGGCAUGGGUCUCUGCCUGCCACCCGCCCGCAGCAAAUCUGGAAAGGGGACAUUCGCCUUCCAGGGUGCGCUAUGCUGGAACAACCUGCCUAGCAGUAUUCGCUCCAUCUCCGUUCCUCGUCAGUUCCGUGCUGCAGCAGUCCCGUUUCUUCUAUGA